AUGAAGUUCUCCCUCGCCGCGAUUUUCACCUUGGCCGCUGCUGCUUCUGCCCAGUACCAGCAGCAACCCCAACAGUACCAGCAGCAGCCCCAGCAGCAGCCUCAACAGUAUCAGCAGCAGCCCCAACAAUUCCAAUCUCAGCCAUGGCAAUACUCUCAGCAGCAGAACAAGUACUCACCUGCUGAAGCUGAGGCAUGGCACGGGUGCAUUGAUCGCUUGCUUGACAGCUUCAACACAGGCCACACAGGCAGCUCGGUUUCUUGUGCCACUUUUAAGUGUCUCGAUGACAACGCCGCCAAGUACGGACGAGGUGGCACUCUCGCCGGUCUUGGACAAGUUGUUUCUCUGGCCUGCAACUUUGGUGGCAUUAUUCCUAACUGGCUCUAA